AGUGGAGCCGGCCACACUGGAAAUGUCCUAAAACCUGUUGGCUUUUUAGUUAAAUUUGUGGAGAAGAGCAGGCAGGCGCAGUCAGGCAAGAUGAGCAAGGAAAUCCGUUUGGCCACCGUCAACGAGCACAACAAGGGCACGGAUCUGUGGAUAGUCAUCGACAACAAGGUCUACGAUGUGACCAAGUUCCGGCUCGAGCAUCCCGGUGGCGAGGAAUCCCUGGUGGAUGAGGCCGGUCGCGAUGCUACCAAGGCCUUCAAUGACGUGGGUCACAGCUCGGAGGCGAGAGAGAUGCUAAAGAAGUACUACAUUGGUGACCUGGCGGCUGCGGACAUCAAGAAGAAAAGCCCGAUUAGUGCCACGCCCACUGAUGCCACCGCCGCCCCCAAGCAAUGCUGCAUCCUAAGUUAAACCAACCCCUCUAGAAAUGCCCGCAAAACCGCGUAAUCCUAGCUAGCUAACCAAAGUGCCCCCAGUUUUGUUGUUGUGCCGCCGGGAGUGCCUUCUCCUGACCAUGAUACCCAUUGAUUUAAACAGCCUUUCAUAUUCUCUAUUCCGUGCAACAGCUGCCGCCAUGUGGCACUGGCCCUGGGCGCCGCCUUCAUCGGCAUCUCGCUGGUUUAUGUGAUCCGACGCGGAGUGGCCAGGAACUAGUCUGCG